CCGCUUGGAAUGCAGAAGUGAGGCAACAAGUUUGACAAACGUUACUGUUUGGUAAUUCAUUGGAGCACAUUUUUCUGGCUUUCGGGCAUCUUGGGCUGGCACUCCGGUUGGACUAUCGUAUGCUUGGAUGUUAUAGCGACAUUGCCUGACGAUAUUUUGGUGCCCAUGCUAAGCUAAUGCCCGAUACCACAGCUCACUACGCCUUCCAUGUCUCUGGCCGCUGCCCGCUUUCUCUGAUUUCGGUCCCUUGCGAUCGAUUGCCCCGCAUACGUUGAAACGGGCGGAUAAUAGGCAGUGAGGAGGCCAUCGCUCAGGCGAAACGAAUUAUCAAAAUGCCUACAUUACCACAAUCCUCGCGACCGGUCACAAGCCCUCCACUGGGGGCGCUCCCCCAACUACCCGGCCCGAAGUCAAGAAAAAGCUUGCCUGCGCCAUCCGAGCCUGCCAGGGCAGCGUCCCCAUCGAAACUGCGCACCCCCUCCAGUCCAAGGCCAUCCCUCAGCAGAUCCCCGCUAUCCCACUCAUCCACCGAUAUCAAUACUGCUAGAUCAGCCUCUGGGAGUAGAGUCCCCAGCAGUCCCGAUAAAUCUUUGAGGAGGACAAUCAGCAUCGCAGCAUUUCCCCAACCCCCACGACCAGGGAGCCGCCCUUCUACCGCCUCCUCAAUUUCGGGCGUUUCCCUCCAACCAUCGGCAAGUGUGAGAUCAAAAAGAGGUUCUCGGCCCAGUCUUGGGGCUACAUCCCAACGAAGUUCGAAGACCACUUCCUUACUGAGUGUCGGAGGGGAGGGCAGAUCGGUUGCCAAUGCGGAUAUUGAGGGCUCCCCUUCUCAAAGCAGGAGUUCUUCCGCUCAAGGCUCAUAUUCGACGAGCGCCACUACCUUUGAUGACGGAGAUGAAACAACCGGCGCGAAAGCAAAUCAAAAACCCAAAGACGCCAAGGAAUCCAAGGAAUCCAAGGGCAAUGUCAUCGUUAGCGUUAGGGUCCGCCCAGAUAUGGGUGGAGAGGGUCCCGCCAACACCGACUGGAUGGUCGAUGCCAGAAGAGGCUUAAUUGUCUACAAUGGAAAGGAAGGUGGUGAUUAUUAUUAUGAUAACGUUUUCGGGACUCAUGAAAAUAACGCUCGAGUUUACGACUCGGCCGCGAAGCGCCUGGUGCGAAGGGUUAUGGAAGGAUACCACGGCACAGUCUUUGCAUAUGGAAUGACGGGAACAGGAAAGACGUUUUCUAUGCAGGGUACUGCAACCUCUCCCGGAGUAAUACCACUAGCAAUCACGGAUAUAUUCUCCUUCAUUAGGGAGACACCACACAGAGAGUUCUUACUUCGUGUCAGCUACCUGGAAAUUUACAACGAGAAGAUUCAUGACCUUCUCUCGGCGUCUGCGGGACCUGCAGCUGCUCAACAGGAGGAGAUCAAGCUACGCGAGGACAGCAAACGAGGCGUGUAUGCAACCCCUCUGAAGGAGGAAAUCGUACAAAGCCCGACACAACUUCUUCGUGUUAUUGCAAGAGGCGACCACGCGAGAAGAACUGGCAGUACUCAGUUUAACGCUCGCAGUUCUCGGAGUCACGCAGUUGUUCAAAUCGUUGUGGAAAGUCGCGAGCGUGUACCCAGCGGGACGAUUCAGGACAGAAGGUCAGGCCUGGCCCCCGGUGGGGUUCGAGUGUCGACACUCAGCCUGAUCGAUCUUGCUGGUUCAGAACGCGCCGCUGAUGACAAAGAACGACGCACUGAAGGUGCCCAUAUCAACAAGAGUCUUCUCACCCUUGGAAACAUCAUCUCUAAACUUUCCGAAACGAAAGACAAGGCCGGCAAUGCAGCUGAUAAAGAGGGAAAACACCUUCCAUAUCGAGACAGUAAGCUUACCAGACUGUUGCAGGGAGCACUGUCCGGUAAUUCACUUGUCAGUAUUCUUUGCACCAUCCAAUUAGGUAGUGCAAUCAACUCGCACGCAGGGGAAACUCUGAACACCUUGAAAUUUGCUGCCCGGGCGAAAAACAGCAUUGUCAGCCACGCCAAAAAGGCAGAGGAGGCAUUUGGUGGCGGUGGCGGUGAUUCGGGCAGUCGGGUUCUUCUGGAGCGCUAUAGGGUGGAAAUCCAGGCCCUUCGCGGCCAGUUGGAGAAUCAGACCAAGGUCCAAGCGGAAAAGGAGCUUAAGUUGGAGGAACAACAGAUGGAAAAGGAAGCCCACGUGCGACACGAGGAGCAGAUGCUAGAAAUCCAGCUUGCUCGGACAGCCCUAAAAGAACGUAUAGAGCAUCUGAAUCGCCUUAUUCUAUGCUCAAAGUCAACGGGUGUCAACAUGCAAGGUGCCAUCUCUGCCCUUGGCCGACUAUCCAGGAUGUCGACGGGAACUCGUUCCUUGCGUUCUUCUGCAAGUCAAUCCACCCUUGGAGCUUAUGGCCAUUCAUCUAUGCGACCACUUUCCUUCCUCUCUGUCAACAGCCAUGACUUUUCACCCAACGGACCCCUAGGCAACGAGGACGAGGAUGAUAUUAUGGGCGAGUUCGCUGACGGGAAGGCAAGUGCCCAGAGGCAAAUCGCCGCUCUUCAGGCGGACCUUACCGACAAAAACAGAUACAUCUCAACCCUGGAGAGACGUUUGCUCCAAGCCCGACGGUCGAGUCAUUCUCGAAUGUCUAUGGGCAUGAAAGCCACAACAACUACUACAACUGAAACACCUGAUAUCAUGGCCUUGCUUCGGGAAAAGGAUAUGGAAAUCAAUGAACUUCGCCUUCAAUUAGAUGAUAAAGACAGGAUGCUCACUGCCCUUCGCUCCGCUGCCCGACAUCGUGAUCUGGCCCAUAUCACUACAGAUACCUCAUCUGCCGAUGGCAAGGAUAAGUCCGUGACUUCAAAUCCGCAUUCUCCGAGCGACAACACCCCAGCGGCUGGCUCGACAACCAAUCUCCUUGCACCUCCAGCUGAAGUAGAAUCGGGCGGAAGAAGAAAGAGUAUGGACGAAGUUUCACGAAUUCUGGAUGAAAUGAUUCAAGAUCGAGUUGAGAGUGGCCACCUAAUCAAGGGCACCCGGGGAAGUGUCCGUCUUGCUCCUGAAAGCCGACGCACAUCAGAAUCAACACCAGUUGCUGUACCAGGUCUCAGCACAGGAAACCACCCACUUCCCACAACCCAAACCCAAACCCAAUGUCAAGAUGCUUAAGUCAUUUUAAAUGAUGUGGCAUUUUUUUUUUUCUUGCAAUGAGAUUCCAAAAUUAGAUAAUGACCGGGUGCUUUUUUGUUUUUACUUUGGUUCCUUUUUCUCUCAAUAUUUUAAAUGUGUUUUAUAUUGUUUUUCAUCCCUUCUUCCUCCCAGAUACCCAAAUUGUCUUGUAUUUCUUUUCUUUCUAAUCUUGUGGUUUUACAGCCUUUUUUUUUUACUUCAUUUCCUGUUUUUUUUUCUUUUUUUCUGCGCCGAGGUUACAGAAGCCAGCUUCACUUUUUUUGGAGGUCUUAGGUAGGGUCUUGAGGUUUUUGAGCUUAUCAUCAUUGACGAAGCGAAGAACUGUGCAUAUAUGAAGACAACGACAGCAAUAAUUACUCUCAUCCAGCUCCUUGAUUACAAUAAACCUACGUUUCCCGAUACUUGGGUUCUUUUUUUUUUUUUUUUUUUUUUUUUUUUUU